AUGCAAAGACUAGUAGUGAGGGCGUGCAUUCAGUAUCUUCAUUACGUUCCGAUCGGUAUGACUUCACCUACCGCGGGUCUGGGAUCUAUAGUCUUAAGCGUUGCGUCCUUCAGUACGCUGAUCUUUAUUUAUGUGUUUAGAGAGAGUGUGGCAAAUUUGGACCAGGUGUUGGCAUCUGCAUUCUCAUCAGCAAUAAAUAGUGAAGGCAUCUACGUCUCCAAUCCUUACAAUGUUGGAUUAAUAUCAUUCAUCAACACGUAUCCUCUAAUAUACAUUUUGUUUCCUCUGAGCGUCAUAUUGCUUUGUUACGGGAUUCUCUUUUUCAUUGUGCGGUCCCGGGACAAAAGUGUCUACCUCUACUUUCCUCUAUCUUUCUGCUUCUAUGUCAUAACGGUUCAAACCGUCGUUAUAGCCCUAAAAGUACUGCUUCGCAGGCCUCGGCCACGCAACACUCACGAGUUUGGCAUCCUCCUGGAGACGUGCAAGUAUGAAUUCAAAGCUAUAUUUACACCUUAUCUGGGAAGGAGCCAGUGCAGUCACUCCCUGAGCUCUACACCUUCCGGGCACACAGCUGCCGCUGCAUAUUGCAUCCUCCCCUCCGUUGCCUACAUUAUUCAACUGUUUGAACUCAUAAGAGCAUACUGGGCGCCAAGACUGCUGGGACUCACCAUCUUAUCUAUAGUCAUGGGGCUCUUGUUGACGGUUGUUGCCGUGUGGGGGAUCUCAGGAAUUAUUCUGAUGAUCAUAGCACGCAUGUCAGCAGGAGCCCACUUCCUAUCUGAUACUCUAACAGCGGUCCUGAUAGCCGUUGCAUUCCUCUCUAUCGUUGUCGUCACCAGGCCGGAUGUCCACGCAGUACAAAUGUAUGAGCACAAAGACGAUGAAACCAAUAACGAUCAGGACAGGACUACAAAGAGAGACGACACCCCGCUCCAAUAG